CAAAACGUAUAAAUAAAAACAAACACCUCUCCACGCGAGGCGAGAGACCGCACUAAAAUUUUUCAACUCCCAGAACUCAGACCAAUCAUUCAACGCUAACUUCCUCCGAAAAACCGGCGAACCCGAAAUGGCCGAUGCUGCCGGCGAUCCGCUACCGGAAAAUCCCUUCACAGGAAUGCACAUCAACGAUACGGCUUUUCUGCAAGAUGUGCAGGGCCGCAGUCCGUGCGUUCGCUGCAAUAAAUCGCGCAAGUUUUUCUGCUACGGAAGCGGCUGCUACGUGCCGGUGGCCGAGCUGACCGGAAGGGUGCCUUUCGUUAAGUUGCCGAUCCAGAUCGACAUCAUCAAACACAGGAGCGAAAUUGAGGGAAAGUCUACGGCUGUGCAUGCGGCAGUUUUGGCACCGGAUGAUGUGACCAUAUACACCUAUCCGGACAUUCCGGAUUACCGGAAGGAGGAGGGAGCGGUGCUGAUAUUCCCUACGCCGGACGCCCUGACGGUGGACGGGCUGUUCAGUGGGGAAUCGUUGAAGUUUAAGGACAAUUACGGCUUGCCCAAGGGGUAUCACAUCGGGACGUUGCUAAAGUGCAAGCUGAACGAUCUUGUAGCAGAGGAGGAAAGUGCUGAUGGUGGCGAGAAGAAGAAGCACGCAGCGUUGGCACAUCGACUUCCGGUCCGGAAGGCCGUUUUCAUCGACAGCACUUGGAGUCAGUGCCGGGGAAUCUACAAGGACGAGCGAGUUGGCUGCCUUCAAACGGUGGUCAUUCAGAACCGGAUAUCGCAGUUUUGGCGCCAUCAAAAAGACAGUCCGCGUUGGUUCCUGGCCACCGUUGAGGCCAUUCAUCAAUUUGUCAUAGAACUGCACAUUACUGCCUACGGGUUGGACGAACGCUACAAAGGGCUGCAGCAUUUGGGAUAUUUGAACUUCCCAACAAACAAAGUGGUUUCGGCGGACCGCGUUCGGGAAGAAGGAGAACCGGAGCCGUACAACGGCCAGUACGAUAAUCUGCUGUUCUUCUUCCUUCACAUGUAUAAUCUAAUCCACGAAUAUUACGAACAUCAUACGUUGAGAGCCUAUCGGAGGCCACUAUUUUUGGAGGACAAAUACCAGAAAAAGUUGCAGGAACAGCAAAAGACAGAAGAAUCCGUUUGACAAGGUCAAGUUUUGUUAUUUCGAUACUGUUUAUUUAAAGACAUUUAAAGAAAGCUUACAAACUA